AAACGCGUGUCGCGUAUCAGUAAAAGAAGAAGACACAUCGAAGUUCGGGAGAAAAAAACGAUAUGCAAUAUUUUUGACGAAAUUGGUAAAAAUUAUUGUUCGAUAGUAGUUUAAAUUCGAGGAAGUUUUCCAUACCUUUUGUCCACAACUAGUGGAAUAUCAGCGUUCAGUGCGGAAUCGUCAACUGAUGGGAUUCUGAAUUUAAAUCGUGGCAGAAAAAUCGAUUGCCGGAAGGAAUGAAGAUGAGCAGCAGCAGCACCAAACGUCAAAAUCUGUUGGCCAGCGGAAUCUUCCUGUUGGCUUUCCUGGGCCAUCGGAGCACGGUGGACAGCGUGGAACUUACUUUCGAGCUUCCGGACAAUGCCCGCGAGUGCUUCUUCGAGGAAAUCAAGAAAAACCAAACGGCGACGCUGGAAUUUCAGGUCGUCACGGGAGGACAAUACGAUGUAGAUGUGCAGCUGGUCAGCCCAACUCAGGAAAUUCUCUACAAACAAGUAAAAACACAGUUUGAUUCCCAUCAGUUCACUGCUCAGGCUUCUGGCGUUUACGCCGCUUGCUUCAGCAAUGAGUUCUCUACGUUUUCCCACAAACUUAUCUACAUGGAUUUCCAAGUGGGCGACGAACAGCCCCUCCCGGGAAUCGAUGAGCACUCGACCGUGCUAACGCAGCUGGAGUCGUCAUCGCAGGAAAUUCACAAAAGCCUGAACGCUAUUCUGGACUUCCAGACCCAUCAUCGUUUGCGAGAAGCCCAAGGUCGGAAACGAGCGGAAGAUCUGAACGAACGUGUCCUCUGGUGGUCGCUGACAGAGACCGUUGCCAUUUUGGUGAUAGCCGUCGGGCAGGUCAUCGUGCUGAGAAAUUUCUUCUCGGAGAAGAAACCCAGCCAGAUGAGCUAUUCGCAGUUCAAGUGAGCUUUGGCUGCCAAGUUUUAAGUUACUGUUAGUUUUACGGCUAAUCUGCAGGUAGACUGUUGCUCGGUUCACGUGUUGUAGGUAUUUUCACAUUUUGUUCCAUCAAUUGACUGUUCCGUCUGCUCACACGCCAUCGACACUAAAAUUUGUUGCAUUGCGCGGUGUUUUCCUGUUUUUCCAAAUGUGUGUGUAUGUAAAUUAGGUAAUGCAAACUGUACAUGGAAUAUUACUUAAUGUCAUCGUAAGUUAAUUCGACCAACCCUUAGUUGGUAAGGGAAUAAAGGAAUACAAAAUAGAAUCGUGAUCACCAAAAUAA